AUGGCAUGGUACCUCAAAGCAGGUGAUCUAACUUCUUACUCCCUGUUCGAGCAUAGCAGGCCGUCGUUCACAGAGGACGAACUAAGAGAGCUUCGAUGGCGUAUGGAUGUUGACUAUAUCAGGCUCUACGGGAAUGCAAUAGCUAUGCGAGCUGCCCAAUCUCGACUCAUGCGUCGCAGUAAGGCCAGUGUGAUCAACUCGACUGAGGGUCCAUUUAUCAUUGAAGCUGUAGACGCGGCAGUCUCGUUAAUCAAAUAUGGAAUAGCUUUGCAUGGAAAAGGAAAUCUCAGACAUUGUCCAAGUCGGACAUUCUUGAGACUGGCGGUAUCAUUCGGGGCAGUGGCUCAACCAGAACAAGAGAUUGUCGACCUUCAAUACGCGUUGAUCGAAGCACUGUCAAAAGCUAGCGUGGACGACGAUCAUGUCGCGGCGUACCUUGCCAAGAUGCUCAACAGAGUAUUCCCGUCUUUCCCGACAGGACCGGUCCAGGUGUCCAACGAUUCUGAAACUUCUACCAAUCCUUCCGCAGCCGACGACCGAAAUCUGUUGUCUCUUUUUGGGCUCGAGAGCGGCAUGCCUAUAGGUUCUGCCUUCGAUGGACACAUGGAUCUUGUCCCUGGUUUCGGCUACGACCCCCGAUCCAUCGUGUCUGAUAUCGAGGAAAUGCUCGCAGUUUCGGAUGAGUACCGUACCAAUCUCAACUAUAAUACGAUGUAA